AUGACGUUCCUUUGUGGGCUGUUCUUCCGGGUCACGAUAUGUCUGCUCGCGAGCAGGAGUGCUUCUACAACAUGCCUGCCCGAAGCAAUUCCUGAGUUUGAGCGCGCAUUCAUCAAAACCCUUGAUGGCACGGACAUCCCCAUUGGAUUCUUCCAAGGCGCAUGGGAGUCAUCUUACCUGACAUCGGACAUUGCCCGAAUCCUGGUUGAGGAAGUGUUGGGCUACCAUACAUGGAUACACCCGGAGGAUGGACGCAGUGCAGUCACCUCGCCGUAUGCCCUAGCCGGGUGUUUGGAUUUCAACAAUGCUACAAAUCAACAGUGUGGCAUCAACGAGACCCGACUCCAUGUUUGUGUAGACUGCUGGUCGGCCUCGUAUGCUUCAGUAGUCGAAGAAAUGAAGGAGACGUUCCCGCACUUGAUACCCGUGGAUCUGGGCAGCAUGGGAUACGAAGGCGAAGAGUCGAUGUACGUCACCAAGGCUGUUCUCCAGCAAGCACUGGACGCCGAGGGCUUGGCGUUGGACUUCUACCGAGGCUACAAUCUGACGCACCAUAACCCCAAGCAGUACUUCGACAGCAUCGACACCAUAAACUUGGCAGACCUGUUCCCUUGCGAAGAAACCGAUUUCUACAAGCCGGAGUCGAUGGCAGCCUAUGCCAGAUGGACAGGUGAUGCUGCAGGACUUCAGGUGCUAGCGAAUGGCAACUACGCGGCCAAGUGUCAUGCAGGCAAGUGGUGGAUAUCGCCCCAGUGCCGAAGUGAUACAUCGACUUGCAUCCCGGUGAUUACCGCAGGUGUCGGGUGGAAGCUCCAGGCCAUGAUGUUCUGGUCGACGACCUAUGGCCUUCCGACGGCAAUCGCCGUGGCCAACUCCUGGGGCAACUACGUAGCGAUUGUUUCCACUACACGCAGCCUCUACUACUGGUGGGUGCCGGACGCAACAUUCAUCACGCAGCAGCCGCAUUCCAUCACGUUCCCACCCUACUCCGCCACGGAGUGGGCUCAGGGCAACAUGAGGACGGCAGCAAGUGGAACCUACAUCAGCAAGGCGGUCAGCAGCAAUUUUGCAAACCAGGUCAUGGAUCUUCUGCUGACCAUCGCUUCUGGGACAUUGCGUUAUGAUGUUGCGUGCCAGUGGGUGCGAGACAACAAGCAGAGGUGGCAAGACUGGCUUCCGAUCGAAACCAAUUGCAUCACCGGCUUUGGUUUGGCUGAUGCUGCAGGCAACUUUGUGAUGGACAGGGCAAAUGCAACAAGCUGCGAAGUGUGCACACCAGGCAGGUACUCGCAGGAGUAUCUGGACACAGGCGUCACCCGCCGCUGUGUCCUGUGUGUCCCGGGAACUUCUCAGGAAAAGAGCGCAGCGACCAGCUGCACGCCAUGCCAGCCUGGGAGUUACACGGACACUGAUGGCAGAGAGACCUGCAAC